CUGCACGCCCCGCAGUGGUUGCUGGGCGACAGCAGUAGAGAGAAGGGAUAUCUUGAGUAAGGACCUGGUGUGGUCUUGGAGGAGAAGCUAGCCCAUGCCUGGAGGAAGUGCCGGGCCCCGCGUGAAGGGGUGUAGUCUAAAGCGACCCAACUGCUCUCCCCUCUGCUGGGCCUAUGGCUGGGGCGGAGUCUCCGGGUCGAGUCAGGGGCUCGGCCUGGACGUGGCGGCCAGUGGCACGGGACGCGCUUCUGGCUCGUGCCUUCCAUUCAUGCACCGAACUGCAGGGACGGUUCUAUCUGGUAGGGGGUCUCCUAGAAGGUGGUGCAAGAAUGCCCAGCAGCGAUACUGUAAUCUUUGACCCAACUAGGGGCCAAGCGGUACAACUGCCAGCCCAGGGUCCCCUUCGCAGUCACCACGACGCGGCACUGGUGGGAGGCCGUUGGUUAUGCGUGGUGGGUGGCUGGGACGGGUCACGUCGCUUAGCCACGGUGUCCGUUCUGGACACGGAGAGCGGCGUUUGGGAGGUAUGGAAAGCGAACCCUAGCAGCUGCCCUCCUGCUGGCCUCAGCAGUCACACCUGCACUCGCCUGUCAGACCGAGAGCUGCGAGUGUCCGGCAGAGAGGGUGGUACCCGCACCCAGCGACGCUAUGGAAGCAUCUACACGUUAAAGUUGGACCACAGCACCCGAACUUACUGGGCACUCUGGCAAAGCUGGAAAACAUUCGAAUCGUUUCAGAAAACCCAACUUAGGCCUGAAUUUCUGUGUGCCAACAGCUACAAGGAAGAAGGCUACCACACGGUCUCACGAUCGGGUCACUCUGCUGCCCUGCUGCCAACUACUGGACCCCACCCGGGUCAUCAGCUAUUGCUCUUUGGGGGCUGCAACUCUGUUGAACCCGAAGUAGCAGGGCAAUGGAGCCAUGGGAAAAUUAAGGAGGAAACCCCUGUCGCCCCUCGUUUGGUGGAACAGCUUGCAAGGCUUGUGAGCAGUGGGCAGGGGUUGCAGCAGGGACCCCAGAGCCUGCGACAUCAUUCCUGUUCGGUGGUGGGACCUUUUGCUGUUCUGUUUGGUGGUGAGACUCUGACCAGAGCUAGAGACACAAUCUGCAAUGACCUCUACAUCUAUGACACCCGCACAUCCCCACCCCAAUGGUUCCACUUCCCCUGCCCAGACCGUGGACUGAAGCGUGUGGGCCAUCGCACUUGCCUUUGGAACGACCAGCUUUACUUGGUUGGGGGUUUUGGUGAGGACGGCAGGACAGCUAGCCCACAGGUUUGCAUCCUGGAACUCUUUGUCUAAAGAACAGCAGAAAGGCACAUGGCCAAGCCUCUGUGUUGGCAAAGCCACACGGAGUUCUCAUCAGAGCUACUGCCCCACUUCAAAUACUUAUUAAAUUCCAAUCUGAGAAUCAA